AGCUGGCCAAGAUGUACAAGAACGAAGGAAACGAGUAUUUCAGGGAAAAGGACUACGGGAGAGCUGUUGCUGCCUACUCCGAGGGGCUGCGGAAGAAGUGUGAGGACCCCGAGCUGAACGCUGUGCUGCACACAAACCGGGGGGCUGCACACUUCUACCUGGGUAACUACCGUUCAGCUCUCAAUGAUGCCAUCCAAGCCAAAAAGCUAAAGCCCACCCAUCUCAAAGCAAUCAUCAGAGGAGCUCUCUGCCACAUGGAGCUGAAGAAUUUCUCAGAAGCAAUAGCAUGGUGUGAGGAAGGCUUGCAAAUAGAUUCAAAAGAGAAAAAGCUUGUGGAAUUGAGAACUAAAGCUGACAAAUUAAAGCGAGCUGAGGAGCGGGAUGCAAGGAAAGCAAAGGUGAUGGAGAGGAGGGAGCAGUGUCAAAAGGAAAUUUUGCUUGCAGCAAUAAAGGAAAGAAAUAUCAAGCUGGUUCUUGAGCCUUCAAAUGAAGAAGAGGAAAUAUCAGAUGGCCUGGCUGAGAUAUCCUUAGAUGGGUUCCACUCUGACAAUGCCACGGGGGCAAAGGUGCACUUAGAUGCUGAUGGCAACCUGAACUGGCCUGUCCUCUUCCUGUACCCUGAGCAUGAGCAGACAGACUUCACUGUGGCUUUUCAUGAGAACUCCAGGUUUAUUGAUCAUUUAAUGGUGAUGUUUGCUGAGUUACCUCCUUGGGAUUUAGAAAGAAAAUACCUUCCCAGCAAUCUUGAGCUCUAUUUUGAAGAUGAGGAAAGAGCAGAAAUGUAUGAGGUGAACCCAGAACACACAUUGCUACAAGUGCUGCAGCACAAAAGAUACUUUGUAAAGGCUGGGACUCCGACAGUUUUGGUAUUUGUGAAGCAUUCUCCUUUCUCCAAAAAGUACUUCUCUGGGAAGAAAGUGCAUCGACUAUAA